GUCGCCAUGAUGACAUCAAUACAGCGGCAGCGGCAGCGGCAGCAAGUGUUGUGGUUUGCGUUACUUGCGCUUGCGCUUACGCUUGGCACAACGACCGUGCUGGCCGGGGAAGACAUCUGCACCGUACCGGUGGACAUGAUCGUACCGGCCCUACCGAGCCCCUGUCAACCGUUGGCCAGCUGUAACCACCAGCUAGCGAGCGAGCGCUACGAGCAGGCCUGCCAGCAGUGCCGAGUGAGUGCGGCGACCCGGCGCGAUACCCGGGCCGCCUUUCCCAAGCAGCUCACCAACUGGUACCGCGAGCAGACGUUCUUUCUCGAGGAGCUCCAGCAGCUGCACGCCACGCACCAUCCGCGGAUUGUCGCGCUCGAACGGGAGGUUGAGCAGGGUGCCGCACUGAUGGCACAGCUGCGCCGCAAACACUUCAUCUACUGCAUCGAAGCGGGCCGGACGAAGGAGGCGCUCCUGUACCAUGCGACCGCCCAGCAGCAGCUAACGCCCGCCCAGAUCAUCGAGGCGAUCCGCACCAACAAGGAGCUGCGCGAGCAGACGCUGUUGAAUCUGCUCGAUUUCAUACGCGCCCUACCGGGCGAAGCGGAACGGCGUGAGCUGUACCGUGGGGCCAAACCGAUACUCGGCCGGGUGCUACUCCGCACCCCGAUGGCGCUCGUGUUCGGCAUCGACGCACGGUCCGUGCUGCCGGCCAACGAAACUGACCCGCUGCUCGCCCCGAUGACCGAGCGCUACCGGGCGGAUUUCCUCGAGGGCCACUACUUUAACCACGACGCGCUGACCCGGUUCGCCCGGGACUAUCCGCGCUACUACGUGUACCAGCUGCGGUCGAUCACCACCAUCACGCAGCAGCAGUGGAACAAGAUGGUUAAAGUGUACUUCUUCAAGCUGGCGAUGGGGCUACCGACGCUCGAGCUGCGCCUGUUCAGCGUCGAGCGGGGGAUUGAUCUGCUGGAGCAGUUCGCCAAGAAGGACAAGAAUGUGCUCGAGCCGCUACUGAUACGCCUCUCGUUCACCGUGUUCCGGCUGAAGAAGCAGGCGGAGCAGGCGGGCCGCCACCGGCCCACCAUGGACCGGAUCGCCAAGCUCGAGAAGCGGUUCAGCAUGGGGCAGGGUAAGCAGUACGGCGUCUACCUGAAAGCGUUCGAGAAGAAGUACGUCAAGGAGUGGAAGCGGAUGCAGCAGCAAAGGAAGCAAGGGAAGAAGGGCUAAAAUAGCAGUGUCGAAUAAAUCGAAUCGAAAGGGGGGAAGGUGAACUGAGCAACCGAGACCGCUAGCCUUUUUAAAGCCUUGAGCCAAAGGGGCCAAACUCUUGUUCGCACUAUCGGGACUAACUUUUUAAAGCUACUACUGUGCCACGAAAGUAAGAUGAAUGGGAACGGUAUUUGGUCGUGUGAACGAUUUUUUUCAUUCUCAUAUUUUUUUUUUGGUUGGCUGGACUGUGAUUGACAUUCAUACCAAGUUUUACGUAAAAAUAAUGAUUUGAGGUUUUUGAAAUAUGAUUUUUUUUGUGAGCUACUAAAAGCGAAUUCUUCGUUUUUUGACAUUUCGAAAUUUAUUUGCUAAAGAAUUUACAUAAAAUUUGGUUUGCGGAGGGGUAGAGAAUGAUGCAGAAAGCCUUUCAUAUUAACACUAAGUUAAAAAAAAAAUGUUAACAAGUGGUCCAAAAACUUCCAGGAACUUGUUGAAGACGAAGAAUGUCCGAAGGUGACCAUCAACGUCAACUGA